AUGGGACAAGGACAUAAUCAAAUGUUACUUAUAGAACUUACUGAAACAUUACCUGAAGAGACGCUGCACUAUUACGAAAUAUCUACUAUGACUUCUAGCAGAGGGAGGAAAAUAUUGGCCUUAGUUACCCCCAGUAAUGAUAACAAUAAAACGCCGGACGUUUUAAUGGAUGAAAUAGCGAAUAACGAGGGUAGCCACACUUUAAAUUGUGAAUUUAAAAUAGAUAAUAAUCAACCUACUGCAACUCCACGGUUAAGAUCAAGCUCCUCUAGUACUUCAAGCAGCUUAUCUUCCAGAAAUAGCUCCUCUUCUUCGUCAUACAAAGAAGAUAGCGAUGACUCCGUUAAAGAUCCUCUUUACCAACCAGAAAACCUUAUGCAACCAGCAUCGCCAUUAAUUUCUUCGAUCGAUGAUUUAAUGGAAGCUAACGCUAAUGGCUUGACACACUCUGGAGUUCACGAAAAAAUGACACAGACAGAAGAAUUAUCCUAUGCUGGCCCUAGUAACAUUCCAGAGGCAGAUAUUAAAAGUGGUAGAAAACGCAUGCGCAACGAAAGUUGUUGGAAGAAAAAUAUUGUUAAAAGACUAAAGAAUACAGGGAAAUCUUAUAAGAGUACAGCUACAAAAAAAGUUGAACCUGAACGUAAAAUGCAGAAACCUUGCAACGAAAAAUGUAGGCUGCGUUGUAGUACAACAUUUACAGAAAUGGACAGGAAGAUGUUAUUCGAUGAGUAUUGGCAGAUAGGAGACGUAGAGAAACAUUGGAAUUACUUAUCAAAUUGUAUGACUGCCAUUAAACCUAAAUAUCGAUAUGUUAGAGAAGGUGGCACUAGAAAUAAGAGGGAGUACAAUAAUGCAUUAUUUUUUACUUUGGGUGGCGAAAAGGUAAGAGUUUGCAAACUUUUUUUUAAGAAUACGCUCGGAAUCACUGAUCGUCCGAUACGCACUGUGAUGUUCAAACGCAAUAAACUUGCUGGUACUAUUUUGGCAGGUGAUACCAGAGGAAAACACUCAAAUCAUCCAAAAAUUGAUGAAUCAAUUCGAUCGGCUAUAAAAACACACAUAGAAUCAAUAACGAAAAUCGAUUCUCACUAUACUCGUGCGAAUACAUCAAAAGAAUUCAUAGACGGUAGCAGAACAAUUGCUGAGGUACAUAAAGACUAUGUAGACAUUUCUAAACGCCAGAAUGUACCUUACGGAAAUUACAUGUUAUUUUAUAAGAUAUUUACAGAAGAUUAUAACAUUUCCUUCUUUAAACCAAAAAAAGAUCGUUGUGAUACUUGUGCUAUUUACGAAAACUGUGAAAAUGAAUAUAAAGAAAAUAGAAAGGAAUAUUAUGAGUCGCAUUUGAUAGAAAAAGAUAUUUGCAGGGAAGAAAAAGCCAAGGAUAAAGAAAAUGACAACGUGAUUACUGCUGUGUAUGACCUACAGGCGAUUAAAAAACAAGUUCGAGGCGGUCCUAUGUACACUCCCGAGGCGUUCAUCAGUGCAGUUAAAACUGCCAGGUCUAAUCCGGAGCCCUUUAAAGUUAAUAUGAUGUCGUAUCAAGACUUUCUAGACUGGAAGGAUGUGUGUUCACAAAUGGGAUUUGAUAUAACAAAAGAUGAAAAUGGAGAUCCUGUCAAAUUCAUUGGCAUCAAAGUUGUUAAACUAGAAAGGGAUCAUCCACGUGACAUUUUUUUAAAACAUCCUACAAAGAAAAUGAUUUUAAGAGAGCUCAAGUAA